UGAACCCCGGCUUAGACAAUGAGGGGUGGGACAAAACUGUAGAUUUUAAAAUCUGUAAUCUAACCCCUAAAUCAAGAACAUUUCUCAAAGAUAUGCCACGACACGAUAUGCUCUGCAUCACGGCGAUCUUCACUAUAUUUCGCGUGAGGAAGUAGGACUGAUCGGAUUGUGCGUGAAUGAAAACUGAACUGUAAAGAGUUGGUUUACAGCGAGAGUGCCAGGAUGUGGAAAAAGUUAAGGAUCCAGCACAUCUGGAUAUGACUUGCGCCGCUGAUUUCACUAUAUUCGCCGUUAGGAGAUAACAGUUUUAUGUUUAGAGUAACGACAGACGAGUUUCAGAAACAGAUGAACUUUGAUCAACUUACUUCGUGAGUGAGCGCAAGACGAAAAUCAGACAUGAGGGCUUCUGAGAUGCUUGCUGUACUGUUUGUUUUGGUGUGUUCAAGGAGAUAUGCAACUCUUGCAGAUGAAGGUGAAGAGAGCAAUUUACAGUGCAGCUGUGAGAGCCAGUCUUGCAUAGACAGCACCUGCUUGGGACGUAUUUGCUUCUACACUUCUGUCCAUGAGCGGGUAACCAGGGGCUGUUUUUCCUCCGGCGAGCAAUGCCAUGUGCCUGAUGUGCCUAAUGUGUAUACCAAGUGCUGCUUCACACAUCUCUGCAAUGCAAACAUCACUGUGCCUGAAAAAACCGAUGAAAACUCCACCAGAGUGAUUGUGCUGGUGGGAGUGCCGUUGUUGGUGCUGCUGGUGUUGUCUAUGGUAGCCUGUGGGCUCGUGUUGUGGCUCCGUUCAAGGCGACAGCACCACCAGCUGGUGGAACACGACACUUCCAUGCCUAAAGUCCCCAGUGGAGGGGACCCAACAUAUGGGGAUAUCUUUGAUGAGUUUUGCACGUCGGGCAGUGGGACCGGCCUGCCUUAUCUGGUUCAGAGGACCAUGGCUCGACAGAUCUCUCUGGCUGAAUGUGUUGGUAAAGGGCGUUAUGGAGAGGUAUGGAGAGGCACCUGGAUGGGAGAGAGUGUUGCUGUCAAGAUUUUCUCCUCUCGUGAUGAACAGUCCUGGUUUAGAGAGACUGAAAUCUACAACACGGUCCAACUAAGGCAUGAAAACAUCUUGUGCUUCAUAGCUUCAGACAUGACGUCUAAAAACUCGAGCACUCAGCUGUGGCUGGUCACACACUUCCAUGAGUUGGGUUCCCUCUAUGACUUCCUGCAGUACAGCACGCUGGACCCCGAGAGCUGUCUGCGCAUGUGCCUGUCCAUUGCCAGCGGCCUCGUGCACCUCCACACGGAGAUCCUCAGCACACAGGGCAAACCGGCCAUUGCACACCGAGACCUGAAGAGCCGCAACAUCCUGAUGAAGAGAAAUGGCCAGUGCUGCAUCGCAGACCUGGGCCUGGCUGUCAUUCACUCUCAGUCUAAUGAUUAUCUGGAUGUGGGCAACAACCCCAGAGUGGGCACCAAGCGUUAUAUGGCACCGGAGGUCUUGGAUGAGAGUAUUCGUGUUGAUGUAUUUGAGUCCUAUAAACAAACUGACAUCUGGGCCCUGGGUCUCGUCCUGUGGGAGAUAACUCGUCGAACUGUUGUAAAUGGAAUUGUGGAGGAGUACCGACCGCCGUUCUUUGACGUGGUGCCCUCUGAUCCAAGUUUCGAGGAGAUGAAGAAAGUGGUGUGUGUUGACCAGCACAGGCCCAGUCUUCACAAUCGACUACACUCUCAUCCGAUCCUGUCUGCAACUGCGAAGAUUAUGAAAGAGUGCUGGUUCCAAAGCCCUUCAGCUCGACUCACUGCUCUGCGUGUGCGAAAGAGCCUCUCCAAACUGGACCAGGACCAUGACUAUGACAUAGACAAGCUCAAACUGGACCUCUAGAAUAAACCUCCUGCCAUGCAUUUCCAAGGAAGUUAAAUUCUGACGGCCCCACAUGCUAUAUUCAUCCAUAUAAAUACUUUCAGACUCUUUUAAAGGGCUUUUCAAGCUUCUUGUCUUAAGGCUCCACUGAACAUGGUUUAUCUUAUCAUGUCAUUGGUUGACUGUGGGAAGUCAAGGCCAUAACUCUGCUGUUAAAUGUUUCUCCUCAAAUAUAUCCACACGACUGCUCUUCUAGGGCCUGCAUAUUUCAACACAGUGACUCAUUUAUCACUGAAAUUAAAACAAGGAUGACAAACCCGCAUAAAAUCU